AUGCCGGUCCGGAGGGGCCAUGUGGCUCCGCAGAACACCUUCCUGGACACCAUCAUCAGGAAAUUCGACAGUCAGUGUCGCAAGUUCGUCAUCGCCAAUGCAAGAGUGGAGAACUGCGCCAUCAUCUUCUGCAAUGAUGGCUUCUGCCACAUGUGUGGUUACUCGCGUGCUGAGAUCAUGCAAAAGCCAUGCACGUGUAACUUCCUGUAUGGACCUGACACCAAGCGAUUGGCCAUCGCACAGAUGGCACAAGCCCUGCUCGGAUCGGAGGAAAGGAAAGUGGAGAUCAACCUUUACCGCAAAGAUGGUCAGUGCUUCCUGUGUAUAGUGGAUGUGGUGCCAGUGAAGAACGAAGAUGGCGUGGUGAUCAUGUUCAUCCUGAAUUUCGAGGGCAUGAUCGACGAAGUACUGAAAGACCACAAACAGGAGCUAAACCACCGCCUGCCCACCUGGCUCGUCACCGGUCGUCCACGAGGCUUCAAGCUGCGUCUUCCCCAUCUGCGCUCCUUGUCCAACAGUAAAGUGUCUCUUGACGACGCCGAGGCUGCUAAAUUCCCCACUGCUACACCCCUGUCGCUUCACCCAGACAACCACAGUCACGAGACCCUAGGCCUGGGGGAGUACCUUCACCUUCCUCCUUUACCACUCAACCACCUGGAGAAAGUCAGUGGAAGCAGAUCAGCUCUUCAGAGUUGGCCAGAAGACAGCCAAGAGGACCAGCACAUCUUACUGAGCCCCGACCCUCCUUUGCCCCCUACUCCUCCACCAGCUCCCCAAAGAGCCCAACUGGUGGGACCCCUCACCCAGUCGUCACCCUGCGUAGCGCCUCACCACCACCACCUCAGCCUCAACCCGGACGCCUCAGGCUCCAAUUGCUCUCUGUCUCGCAGCCGCUCGCGGGAGAGCUUCCACAGCAUGCGUCGCGCUUCCUCCGUAGACGAGAUCGAGGCCCUGAGGCCCGACUGGGACAGAAAGAACCACAGAGCGAGUAUCCGGCCGGGCAGCAGCACUGGUGCAGUAAACAGUAAGUCCAACAUGUUGAACUCCACUUCAGACUCGGACCUCAUGCGGUACCGCACCAUUUCCAAAAUCCCUCAGAUCACCCUCAACUUUGUGGAUUUCAAACCUGACCCACUCAUCGCCCUGCCCUCGGGGGAGAUGGACAUCAUAGCUCCCUGCAAACUCAUCGACCGCACGCACCACGUCACAGAGAAAGUCACACAGGUGCUGUCUCUGGGUGCAGAUGUGUUGCCAGAGUACAAGCUCCAGGCUCCUCGCAUCCACAAGUGGACGGUGUUGCACUACAGCCCGUUCAAGGCAGUGUGGGACUGGCUCAUCCUGCUGCUUGUCAUCUACACCGCCAUCCUGACACCCUACUCGGCCGCAUUCCUCCUCAACGACCAGGAAGAGGUAGCCAUACAGAGUUAUGGUUAUUCCUACUCUCCUCUCACUGUGGUAGACCUCAUGGUGGAUAUCAUGUUCAUUAUUGACAUCCUCAUCAACUUCAGGACAACAUAUGUGAACGUUAAUGACGAGGUGGUGAGCCACCCGGUGCGUAUCGCCGUCCACUACUUCAAAGGCUGGUUCCUCAUCGACAUGGUGGCUGCUAUUCCCUUUGACCUGCUCAUCUACCGCAACGGAGAGGAGACCACCACUCUGAUUGGUCUGCUGAAAACUGCUCGUCUCCUGCGAUUGGUGCGCGUAGCCAGGAAGUUGGACCGCUACUCGGAGUACGGCGCAGCUGUCCUCUUCCUCCUCAUGUGCACCUUCGCCCUCAUCGCUCACUGGCUGGCCUGCAUCUGGUAUGCCAUCGGUAGCGUAGAGAGGAGUGGUUCAAUUGGCUGGCUCCACACGCUGGGGGACCAAUUGGGAAAGCAAUACAACAGCUCCAUCCUAGGUUCGGGACCCUCCAUCAAAGACAAGUACGUCACAGCUCUGUACUUCACCUUCAGCAGCCUGACCAGUGUGGGAUUUGGAAACGUGUCCCCAAACACCAACUCUGAGAAGAUCUUCUCCAUCUGUGUCAUGCUCAUAGGAUCCCUGAUGUACGCCAGCAUCUUUGGGAAUGUGUCGGCCAUCAUCCAGCGGCUGUACUCGGGGACGGCCCGCUACCACACCCAGAUGCUGAGAGUGAGAGAGUUCAUCCGCUUCCACCAGAUCCCCAACCCACUCAGGCAGAGGCUGGAGGAGUAUUUCCAGCACGCCUGGUCCUACACCAACGGCAUCGACAUGAAUGCUGAUGAUGCAAAGACUUUGUCUCAGCAUGCAUGGUCCGACACCGUCAGAGAAAAUAGGAAUGAUGUGCUGAAAGGUUUCCCAGAAUGUCUCCAGGCGGAUAUCUGCCUCCAUCUGAACCGGACGUUGCUGCAGAACUGUAAGGCUUUCACAGGCUCCACCAAGGGCUGCCUCAGGGCGUUGGCCAUGAAGUUCAAGACCACCCACGCACCCCCGGGUGACACACUGGUCCACGCUGGGGACGUCCUCACUGCCCUCUACUUCAUAUCCAGGGGAUCCAUUGAAAUCCUGAGAGGAGAUGUGGUGGUAGCCAUCUUGGGAAAGAACGAUAUCUUCGGCGAGCCGAUCAACCUGUAUUCCCGACCAGGUAAAUCCAACGCUGAUGUGAGGGCUCUGACCUACUGCGACCUCCAUAAAAUCUUCAGAGAAGAUGUUCAGGAGGUGCUGGACAUGUACCCUGAGUUCGCAGACAACUUCUGGAACAACUUGGAAAUCACCUUCAAUCUCAGAGAUACCAACAUGAUCCCUGGCUCUCCGAGCAGCGAUGACUCCAACUGUGGGGGAUUCAACAAAUUACGCAGACGCAAGUUAUCAUUCCGUAGACGUACAGAAAAAGAUGAUGCAGAUGCUGGAGAAAGUAAAAAGUCCCAUAAGUCUGUGCGACGAAGACAGAGGGACACAGCCAACAACCAAAAACAGGAGCAGGCACCCAAGCGACAAUGGCUGGCACAUCGAAACUCAGUGUCUUCAAACUCCAGUGGUGACGAGGCGGUGGAGCCGAUUGUGACCAGACUCGCGCCACCGCCAACUAUGCUGGAAAAUCCACAAGCUUCAUGUCCCCGGGACUUCAACGAGAACACUGAGGGUGAUGGAGACCCCAAGACUGGGAACACCUGCAAUGCCCUGUCAGGUGCAUUCUCAGGUGUGUCCCACAUCUUUAGUUUCUGGGGGGAGAGUCGGGGGGGUGGGCAGUACCAGGAGGUUCCCAGCUGCAGCCUGACCUCCCCGCCACCCCUCAACACGUCGCUGCACAGCCUGAGCCGACAGCAACGCAACCAGCUGGACACACGCCUGGACCUGCUGCAGAAACAGCUCAACAGGUUGGAGAGUCGCAUGUCAACGGACAUCGGAGAAAUCAUGCAACUGCUGCAGAGACAGAUGACCCUGGUUCCCCCCGCCUACAGCGCCAUCUCAUCGCCACCUCAGGUCUCACCCUGCCCUGGUCCCGGCCCAGGAACAUGUCCAGGAGAGACACUGGUCCAGCCCGUUACACCUCUGGACACAGACACCCUGGCCUCAUUCUCACAGAUCUUGGAUUCCCAGGACUUUGAAGGGUUCCCAGCCAGGGCUGUUGACUCCCUGCAGCCCCAGGAAGCCCCACUGUUCAACCCCAACCAGAGCCAGCUCGCCCCCUCUGGACUGGACAGCCUGGGGCAGCAUCUGGAGCUGGGACUGGGACUGGGCACUGGGGCUGGAGUCAUCUCUGGGUCAGCUGUAUGUUCAGGUGUAAGGAUAGAUUUAGGGAGCAGGGAAGCAGUGGGGUCACGCUUAGGCUUAGACUUUGGGUCAGGGGUGUGUAUGGGGGCUGGGGUUGGGCCAGCAGCUGGAACAGGGGUAUCGUAUAUGGAUCCUGAAACCCAAAGGAGGCUGUCCCUCCAGGAAUCACAGACCCCUCAGGACUCACGGACACCACAGAGACACAGCUCUGACCCAGGGGGGAGCUAAGGAAGAGGUGAAGGGGGAGGAGAGUGGGAUGGAGAGAGAGUGAGAGUGAUGUUUUAUCCUGCAGUCCCACUUUGGAUAUCAAGAGGCACCUACUGUACUUACCACCAAUAACCAGCUAGUGUAUCUUCAGCGCGGAAAUUUCCCCUCUGACCUCUCGCUCAGAGAGAGUGGAGCCAGGAAGAGGGGCAAGGAAAGGUCUGAGGCCUCUCUCUGUCCACCCCUCCCACCCCACCACCCAGGAGCUUUCUGAACUCCACAACGGUACAACCUUAAACCAAAACCGCAAACAAAGCAGAGAGGAGCUCUGCCACUUAAUGAACACAGUCCACGUCAAACCGGACUGAUCCGGUCUGGACCUCUCAGUCAUGUGCUGAAGGAAGCACCCUUCACACACACAUAAGUGACUGUUUUCCUGUAAAAGAAUCCCUUUACUGCUGUGUCCAGUGCUGGAUGACUGACAAGAACAAGACAACAACGGACAGAAUAAUGACGAAACAAGUAGCCAUUUACGUCUUGCACUGAAAGUCCUAUUGAUUAUUCUAUUCUAUAUGUCCGUGGCGCUUCCGAUAAACUCACAAACCGGUUGGUAAAUUGUAGUGUUAGCUGGCCUAACAGGAAACCUGCUGUCCCGUUCCGUCAUUGGUUCCUUCCCCCUGAUGUCCUGCCCCGAGAGGCGGCGCUAAAGCUUCCCUCUUCCCAAGAGCACACUGGAUUGGCUGGUUUGCACCUCAGGGGUGGGAGCUGGAGGGUUAAAAGCCAUGAAUCUUUCUCGAUGAACAUAUCAGCUGCCCUGUCAUAAACAUUGUACAGAUUUGCUAGUGAGUAAAGAACAUAUGGCAUGCGGAGGCAGUGUCACAAACAGGUAAACUGGCAAACUUACAAGUUUACCAUGAGAACAGUGCAACAAAAACAGCUAGUUAUAAGUCAUUUAACAAGCAGGAAACUCAUUUAGUGAAACAGAAUUCAUGAUAAUAUGAUGACAUAAUACAGGCCUGCUUUCGUUUAUAAACAUCAAAGCACAUGCAUAAAAGAAAAAGAAGAAACGGUUGAGUGAUUCUAGUUUAUCGUAGUUGAAUUUGCUACCUCAGAUUUCAUCGGUCGUUACGUUUGUUUCACCUGAGCGAGCACCCAGAACGCUUUCACCUUGUACAUACGAGUUUGUCAUGUGAUCCGUAAAAUAUACAAGUUUGCCAGUUUACAAUGACCAGCCGAAUGCGCCAUUAUUCUAUGUACAGUACAAUAUGCAAACACUGGCAAGAAGUGAGUGUGCUUUAAUAUUAUUAUGCGUGCGGUAAGUUCAGGUCUAGGUGUUUUAUGUUCGUCCGUGUUUGCAGAGCAUGGCGUGUACUGCGUUUGCUUCCACACACUGUAGAGGUUCACUGGAUUUCUAAUGUCUCAAGGACAUAUUUCUUUUCUUUGCCCCCAAACUAGUUUCAGUGGCUUGUUUAAACAAUCAAAUGACAGAUUGAGUGUACGUGUUUUGAAUCUAGACGGCAAAAAUAAAAAACCUUUUACACUGAAGGUUUUAAAAUACGUAUGAGGUCAUCCAAGAAUUUUCAAUACUACAGCCGUAGUGAUCCCAGGAAGAAGAAAUGUAAACACUACAUUUCUGCAAUAUCUUUCAGUUCAUUUAGCUUUGAGUUGCCAAGAUGAAAGGAAAUAAAUACCUACGACAUCUUCAAAUUGUCUUCCCCGAUCCAAAAUUGUACGGAUAACCUUUUUUUUCGUACCACACUCUGAAGAGUCCUCUCAGAGGAGGGAGCGCCUGCUGAAGUGCAAUAGUCCUUUAAACAGUUAAGACUUGUAGCAGCUUAACUGCCUCCGUUAACCUUUAGCACUUUAUAUCUUACACAGUGCAGAUGUUUAAUAAAAGACUCAGGAAUGUGUCAUUGAUGUUAGAGGGUUCAUUUUUCCUUUUGUUUCAGAACUCAAAACCAACCAACCAAUCAGAAGGAAGAAAAGAACAAUUGGUAGAACGUUGACUUUUACACAGUAACAUUCGAAGCUUAACUCUGGUGGGGUUCCCCUUUAAUGCAGAAUUCUGAAGAUUGUACUUUGCUGCUUGCUGGUCUAAGCUAUUGUAUUUAUUUAUUGUUGUAGGAUUCUUUUUGUUUGCCUGUGUUUGAUCACUUUGUCUAGGAUUAACAAACAGCUCAUUAUAUGCAGCAAGUGAAGGCUUUCUGUGUAAACAUGCCUCUCCCCGUGUUCUUGUGUUCUCUUGUUCUCUUGUUCACAAUCUUGAAAUGCUUUUACAACCGUUUUUCAAUAUUUAUGAAGUGCUUGGCGAGCGGUACACAUGAUUGUUAUUAUGGUUUUUAAUCAUUCUAAGAUGAUCAAUUCGCAAAAUGCACACAAAGCCACAUUCAAUACACAUUGUGCAGUUGGCCUGUUUUACCUGUUUUCGCAUAGUCAGCAUCUUGCUGGUGCAUGUAAGCAGCUGAUGUCACACUUUGUGAAGGUGCACUUUAGUAUCGAACCAAAGCAAGUGGAUGCUGUAACACAACACCAGUGGUGACAUUUUAAACUCACAUGUAAAUGCAGCUCGAUUAUCUGUGAUUUUAAAGUUCAACCAAGGAUAUUUUAAAAAAAUGUGUCAAAAUCAUUUUGCCGGUGUGAUUAGAUUGUUUUGGAAAAUUAUUCACAAAUUAUUGUGAAGACGAGGGUGGUUUGUAUACUGUAAAAAGUAAUUCUAGCUACUUUCAAACGAAUUGGGAUUCAAUAUUAUUGUUGAAUCUCAGUUUGUACAAAGUCACAAGAACCCCCUUUUCAGCAUUUUGUCGAAACGUGAGUGAAUGCAUCACCGAUGUCCAAAGCUGAUAAGCUGACGCUGACCAAAUCUACUGAGUUCUUCUUACUAUUGAACCCUAUCUGCUUGUUGUUUUGUUUGGUUUUUAAUUUGCAGACACACCCAUUGCCAUUAGUAUGUUUUCAACAGCAGUCCCUGCCUGUGGUCACCAAAAACAAGGUCCUUUGACUAUAAAUGUCCAGUAAAUAUCCAGUGAAUCUGGAGUUCUUUACCAGUACAUUUUGUUAUUUUUUUUCCUUCUAUAGUGCUGAGGUAGUGAUUUUCAGAAGUGGGCUCUCCUCGCCAUCACGCAUACUGUAGCGAGAGUUUUGUUAAUGUUCAAUAACAGUCACCUCGUGGCCUGAACUGUGUCUUUACAUUCAGAACUAUGACCUCAAAACUAGAACUUGUUGUGUCGACUCUCCUUCCUUGUGUGUAGAUCUUAGUGGAAUACUCAAUGCUACAGAAUACAUUAAUGUAAUGCAUACUGCAUAUUAUACCAGUAGAGGGUGCACUUUGAAAAAUAAUAAUCCAUGGGGAGUGGUUAGUGUUUUUUCCCCUUUGCAUUUGAACACACACAUACAGACAUAAAAAUCCAGCUUCUACCUUCACACGUACACCACACAAACACACCUUCCUUAAUGGCUCUUCCAUUAUGCUGAGCUUUUUUCAGCGCUGUUCAACUUUCUAUGAGUUCCGACAGACUUGGGUCGCGUAUUUGUAGAGGGGGGGUUUGGUACCGUUUACACAACCCUGGAUCUGCGCUGUCACUCCUUGCCUGUACAUACCGACUUCUACAAAGUUGUAAAGGAAUCAAGCUCUUUGGCACUCGUAUAGCCAGCACUAUGCAGAAACUGAACAAUUUCUUUGGCAUGCUUUGAAAUGCAAAAUAAUAUAUAGGAAAAUAUACUAAAUAAAUAAAGUCUGCUCUAAUUUCUUAUUGAAAAAAAUAAAAGAGGAUAAAGCUGUCCAUGCUAAAAAUGGAUAUGAUGAUGAAGGUGAUUAAAUGCGAUUUAGGAUGAUGAUGCUAAAUACUUUUAAUAUUGUGCACAUUUUUACUUGCAUGCUGCACUGAGAAUCAUCCAGCAAUGAGAGGGUUUCAUGUGUGAAGCAGCUGAUUUGUGCUGUAUGCUUGCAAACUGUGUAGAGUGAAACACUGAAUUCUUCCAGGUUACGGGAGAGUCAUAUUUAUAUAUACAUAUUUAUAUAUACAUAUAUAUUUAUAUAUACAUGUAUAUAUAAAUAAUAUAUAUAUAUAUACACACAUGCUAUUUCCAGGUCAUGGAAGAGAUGGAUACUGAAUAACUGCAAAGAUAGUGAUCCUAGAUGUAUCUUUGAUCGCAAACCACUGUAAUGGAGUGAUGCAUGUGUGGCUGUCCUGGGCAAAACUGUUUCCCAAAUAUCAAGGAGAGUUAGAUUUCCCUUGUCUGAGCUGUGUUUCCACUCUUGUCUAAAAAAUGUAAUCAAGUGAAUCUAAAAUAAUAGAAAUCCUGCUUUCGUCCAGCUGGGACAGGCUACACUCUGAAGACUGGCUAUUAUCAACACAUCUGAGUGCAGUUUUGGACAACAUCUUACUUUCUUCUCAGUGCAUGUGGGGUUAAAAAUCUGUUAGCAAUAACAUAUCUUUAACACACUUUAUUGAAAAGUACUGAGUUGUACUGAGCUCUCACAAAUGUUUUGAAAAUGGUUCAUCUUUUUAAUAAUGUGUACUCUGGCAGUCCCUGGAAUAUUGAGCAUAGAUUUCUAAUACUGGGCUGGCCAAUGCAGUGCUUUAUUUAUAUCAAAUGUUGAAGAAGGUUGGAGGGGGGGAAUGGUGAAGCUCUAGGUUCUGAUUGUGUGAUAGCAUUAUCAAUGGUUGAACUUUAUAAAAUUUCAAAAAUAUUUCUUUCAAUAAACCUCUUUGAAAGCAAA